AUGAUGGCACAACCGGUGCCUCAUCAGUUGACAGAUAAGAAGCGGGUCAAGGUCUACGAGCUUCGGAACAAUGACUGGUUUGACCGUGGCACUGGCUUUUGCACUGCUGCCUUUGUUCUUAUCGACGGACAGAAUAAGGAACCCCGCGUCAUUGUUGAGUCCGAAGACCAACCCGACAGGCUCCUCCUUCAGACUAAGAUAUGCAAGGAGGAUGGCUUCCAGAAACAACAAGAGACCCUUAUCGUGUGGACUGAGCCAACCAAUGGUGUGGACAUGGCCCUGAGCUUUCAAGAGGCUGAAGGAUGCGCCAUGAUAUGGAAAUUCAUCAAUGGCGUCCAGCAGAGCUUCCAGAACCCAAUGGGGGAUGAUAGCCUCUCCGAUGAUCUUGCUAUGGACAUACCAACCACUAUUCAACUUCCGCCGGCAGAACUCGGUAAUCUGCCAGACCUCGAGAACAACAUGCGAGUGAUGAGCUCAACGGCUAAUGGCCGGGAUGCACUGGCAAAGACUAUUAUGGGCGAGGACUACAUCAGCAAGCUCAUACCCCUGGUGGAUAUGGCAGAAGACCUCGAGAGCCUGCCAGAUCUCCACCGCCUCUGCAACAUCAUGAAGACGAUACUCCUACUCAACGACACGGCUAUCAUCGAACACGCAGUUUCAGACGACUGCGUGUUGGGCGUCGUGGGCGCAUUAGAAUACGAUCCCGAUUUCCCCAGCCAUAAGGCCAACCACCGCCAAUGGCUAAACAACCAGGGCAGGUACAAAGAGGUGGUACGGAUCGAGGACGACCAGAUCCGCAGGAAGAUCCACCAGACAUACAGGCUUCAAUACCUCAAGGACGUAGUGCUAGCCCGAAUCCUGGACGACCCCACCUUUUCCGUCCUCAACUCCCUCAUCUUCUUCAACCAGGUGGAUAUCGUUCAACAUCUCCAGCAGAAUGGUGGAUUUCUGAACGACCUGUUCGCCAUCUUUGCUGAUCCGAACGAGGAACAACUACGAAAGAAAGAAGCGGUUCUCUUCAUCCAGCAGUGCAGUGCUAUUGCUAAGAACCUUCAGCCCCCGGCCCGACAGACCCUGUACAACAACUUCCUCUCCCAUGGGUUACUCCAGGUCAUCAAUUUUGGGCUUCGAAGUAUGGAUGUCUCGGUGAGGGUCGGAGCGACGGAUAUCCUGGUCUCCAUGAUCGACCAUGAUCCGCAGAUGAUCCGCCAUACCAUCUAUCGCCAACUGCAAGAAAAGCAACCGCCGUUGACCGACACCUUGAUCGACCUCCUCCUGGUCGAGGUGGAUCUAGGGAUCAAAUCCCAGGUGUCAGAAGCUCUCAAGGUGCUCCUCGACCCAAAUCCACAGGGGCAACAUCCUGAAAACUUUGGGAAGCAGGCCGGAGGCUUUGCCGCAAGGAUUCAGCCGCAGGUGAAUGCCGACCCCCAGCAGGAGCUGUUCCUGACGAAUUUCUACGAACACUCGGCGGUAAGGCUUUUCAAGCCGCUUCUCGAACUAGAGAACAGGACCGACAUGACAUUCAGCGCCCCGGACGACGGAGUUUUCGGUUACCUCAACGAUAUCCUUUGCUUCUACGUCCGGCAGCACCAUCAUCGCGGCAAGUUCUUCGUUCUGCAACACAACAUUGCUCAGAGGUUUAUUCAGCUCUUGGCCUGUAAGGAGAAACAUCUCCAACUCGUCGCCAUACGGUUCUUCCGCUACCUAAUCAUGCUGCAAGACGAGUUCUACAUCAAGCACAUUGCCGAGAAGCAAGUCCUCGGCCCCGUUCUCGAUGUUUUGCUGGUCACGAUGCCCCGGGACAACCUCCUGUGUUCUGCCUGCUUGGAUUUGUUCGAGCUGAUAAAGAAGGAGAAUAUCAAGGAUCUGGUCAAGCAUUUGGUCGAGAACUACCGGGAGAAGCUUGCGGCGCUUACCUAUAUGGAUACGUUCCGGGAUAUCCUAGAUAGGUACGACCAGACGCAGGGCUUCACUAACAACGUUGACGCCUACUUCCUGGAAUCUGACGAUGAGGUGGGACGCAGACCGACCAAUGCAAACACAAGAGGCAUGAUGGAGCAUCUCGCCGUGGAUCCGGCCCAGGAAGAGUACUGGAAUACGUCGGAUGAUGAGGACGAGCUUGGUAACCCCCCAGGCCAUGGUACUGCCCCCAACGGGGCCUCCCCGGCGCCCAAGCCGUUGGUCGACUACGCCUCGGACGAGGAGGGAGAAGAGAAUGGCGACACGGCCAUGGCUCAGGCCGGUCCAGAUGGUGACAGGCCAAAGGACGACCAGGAUGCGCCGAGCCGGAGUAGCAGCGUCGCGGCCGCAGCUGCAGCACCGCCUCCCGAGCGAGUGUCGGAGAAGCGACGCAGGGAGCAGGAGGAGGACGACGAGCUGGAUAAGCUCAUACACAACAAGCGCCGGAACAGCAGCUCCACAAGCCUCAAUUCCGCGGGGGUAGCAGCUGUGCUGCGCAAGAAGAAGAGCUUCGCCGGCGGUUCUCGCGACCCAAGCCCCAACGGCCCCAAGAGGAUCUCCAUCUCCCUCUCGCCGUCGUUGAGGAGCUCUGCUGGGCACUCCCCAAACCCGGACGGCUCGGCCGCAUGAGCAUGAUUUUUUUUUUUAAAAAAAAAACAAGCAUGAAUGUCAAAAUUUACUCUGUCAUUGGAAUGGGGUGUCGGGCUAGGAGAGGCGUUUUGCUCCGUCGGGCUGUUUUGCUCCGGUCAUCGGUGUUGGUGUGUGGGCGCAGUGGCUAUCUGCUCCCCCUCCAUCCUGGCAGGGGUUUCCCCCACAGGUACUUAUGGAUUUCUGCGUUUACACGUCUGGAAUAGACAGGUAUAUCUUCUCGAGGUUCGCGGGUUUGGUCGGUCAAAGUUGGUUCAGGGGGGGCGACGCAGCCAUCCCCACCUCCCGAUUGGAGGGUUUUCCCGGCGCAGGGGAGGAGGGAAAUACGGAGGAGGGAAGGGAGGAGGGGAGAGGAGAGGAGAGCAGGAGUGCAUAAAAGAAGGACCCCCACCCGGCCGAGGAUCUCAGCUGAUCUGAUUCUGAU